UGACGCGGCGCGGGCUCGGUCAGUCGGUGAGGAUAGCGGGUCGCUCUAGCUCAGGCUUCUCCCGAACUGGCCGCAAGUGAAGGUUUAGUCAUGUCGUCUCUAAUCCGAAAGGUGAUCACCGCCGCGAAAAACCCCAGGCCCAUUGGUCCCUACAGUCACGCUGUGUUAGUCGACCGGACUAUGUACAUUUCAGGGCAGGUAGGCCUGGACCCUUCAAGUGGAAAGCUGGUGCCAGGAGGGGUGGCGGAAGAAGCAAAACAAGCUCUUACAAACAUGUUUGAAAUUCUGAAAGCAGCAGGCUGUGACUUCACCAAUGUGGUAAAAACAACUGUCUUUCUGACUGACAUGAAUGACUUUGGUACUGUCAAUGAAGUCUACAAACAGUUUUUCAAGAGUGAUUUUCCAGCUCGAUCUGCUUACCAGGUUGCUGCCUUACCCAUAGGAGCCCAUGUUGAAAUUGAAGCUAUAGCUGUCCAAGGGCCUCUCACUACAGCUUCGUUAUAAGUGGCCACAGUGUGCUUUACUCGGGGGUUUUCGUCCUAUCUUUAACAUUAAUUUUCACAAAUGGAUGGUUAUUGUGGAAAUUCCAUACAUAGGAAAGAUUAGACAAUGAAAAUGAUGAAGUUACUGAUGCUAUAAAUUACACUUUUCUAUACUUAUAUGGCUAAUUACAAGUGUGCAGAGACAUUAAUUACAUACUUCAAAUAAAAAUAAAGGAAAAGGUAUUAUUUACUUAAUAAAAUAAAAUACACAUUUUAGAGAUGUGAGUAGAAUUACUCAAACUUGAAUAGUAUAGGUAAAGGAGAAGGAAGUGGACCAAAAUUUUAUAUGAGUAAUAUUUUUCUAAUGGAAAUAAAUAAGCAUGUAAUCUCC